AUGUGUAAAGUGGUGAACUAUACACAGGCGGUGUCUGUGUUUGUGAGUGCGUACACACUAGUGGCGAUAUCAAUAGACAGGUACAUGGCGAUUAUGAGACCGUUAAAACCCCGUUUGGGUCGUGUCGCCGCUAAGUUUAUUGUGGCCGGAGUUUGGGCGAGCGCCUGUGCUACCGCUACGCCAAUAUUUAUUGUAUCAGAAAUCAAGAGACCGACUACUUGGCAUGAACUGUGUGAGGAGGACAUUUGUUUGGAGCAAUGGGAAAAUACUGCACAUAGUCAACACUACUCCUUUAUACUCCUGACUCUUCAGUUCGCUUUGCCGCUUGCAGCGCUCGUGUUGACGUAUGCUCGGAUCGCCCACGUGGUCUGGGGUGGUAGACCGCCAGGGGAAGCACAGACCGUAAGAGACUCCCGUCUUCAACAAGCAAAGAGAAAGAUGAUCAAGAUGAUGGUGACGGUUGUCGUUGUAUUUACUGUGUGCUGGCUUCCUCUGAAUGCAUUUAUCAUACUAUGGACAAUUCACGAGGACGACAUGGCAUGGGCAAUGUGGCCUGGGAUGCCCUACGUUUGGUUCAUCUGCCACUGGCUAGCCAUGUCUCACUGCUGCUACAACCCGAUUAUUUACUGCUACAUGAAUUCGAGAUAUCGCAGAGGAUUUCAACAGGCAUUGAGCUGCGUGUUGCGCCCGCGCAUAGAGGAGACAGCUUGUCGACGUGCUCGUGGCAGUGUUGAAGGAUUACCACUUUCAGAUCUCAUGGUUGCAAACGGCGUGGUUCGCCGAGGCACGUCCAGUACCAGUGUCAGUAGACGCCUGACUACUUCCUCAUUGUUGUCUGGACAACGUGCAAAUACUAGCGUGCCCGUUCGAGCCCUGUCCGUCAGAUCACAUUUUCAUUAA